AAUCACAAUAGCGUUUACUGUUGUUUUUGUGUGUUUAUUUAGGUGGACUCUCCGCUUGUCACUGAUUUCAUGCCUCAGGCUACCUGCGAGACAUGACCAAUCGAUCGAUGAUGUCAGCGGUUUAAUGCUACAACCGUAGCGGAAGGGUCAAGCGUCUUGAAGAAGAAGCAAUGGCCACGUCCGUGAAGCUGAACACUGGUGCACACAUGCCCAUUGUUGGGUUGGGGACUUGGAAAUCUCCUCCUGGAAAAGUGGCAGAGGCAGUGAAAGCAGCCAUCUCUGCAGGAUACAGGCACAUCGAUGGGGCGUACGUCUACCAGAACGAGGUUGAAGUCGGCGAAGGGAUAGCGGCGGCCAUCAAGGAUGGAGUGGUCAAGCGGGAGGAACUUUUCAUUGUUAGCAAACUUUGGUGCACUUUCCAUGACAAGUCCAUGGUGAGACAAGCUUGUGAGAAGACUCUGAGCGACCUUAAACUGGACUAUCUGGACUUGUAUCUGGUGCACUGGCCAAUGGGAUUUAAGGCUGGCAGCGACCUUUUUCCAACGGACAGCGCCGGUGACACGAUUUCUGAUAAUUCAAACUUCCUGGAUACAUGGGAGGGAAUGGAGGAUCUGGUGGAUGCCGGGUUGGUUAAAGCGAUUGGGAUAUCCAAUUUCAACCGGGAUCAGACUGAAAGGCUCCUGAACAAGCCGGGCCUCAAAUACAAGCCUGCUACCAAUCAGGUGGAGUGCCACCCCUUCCUUACCCAAGAGAAGCUGAUCAGCUACUGCCACUCCAAGGGCAUCUCUGUGACUGCCUACAGCCCUCUCGGCUCCCCUGAUAGACCCUGGGCUAAGCCAGAUGAUCCAUCACUUUUGGAACAUCCUGACAUCAAGGCAAUUGCUGAUAAGUACAACAAGACAACUGCUCAGGUCCUGAUCCGCUUCCACAUUGAGCGGAAUGUGAUUGUGAUUCCCAAAUCGAUCACCCCUCACCGUAUCCAGGAGAAUUUUCAGGUGUUUGACUUCCAACUAAACGAUGAGGACAUGAAGACCAUCUUAGGCUUCAAUCGCAACUGGAGAGUCUGCGCCUUUUUAAUAGGAGCCCAGAGGGAGGCUGACAUCAUUGCAGCGCCCCGGCAGCCAUAAACAAUGAAAUGCUUUGCUGAGACGAAAUGUAUUAUAGGAUGAAGUUAGAAUAGCUGUUGUUUUUUUUAUUUUAAACUCGCAUUGGUACCUGCCUAGUAUAUUUCUUACCUAGCCUUUGAGUGUGUUGCUGUGCAGUGAGUUUAGCGUGAUCCGUAAGAUGACACUGAGUCAGACUGUUAUAUUGAGUAAUGACCUCCUGCGAUUUCCGAUGGGUUGACAAGUUCGUAGUGAGUUUUUUCAUAGCUCAUGAUUGGCUCCUGUCAAUAAAGACCUCCCUGGUCCUCACAGACUUGUGCGCGCCACAAUAUGCCAUUUUAUGACGUGGACAUGUGCGGCGUCUAUGUACAAAUCUGUUUUUCAUUCUAAGUUCAGUAGGUGUUGCUUAAACACCAGAAAUUACGGGAUAUAAAUUUGUGUCUUAUCAAUUAUCUUUUUGUUCAUAAAAUCAGGUAAAAGGCCAUAUUUCACACAUAGUUGCAAAUGGUGAUUAAUCGUGAUCAAUUAAUUUGAUAACUGUGAUUAAUUUGACUAAAAUGUUCAAUCAUUUGACAGCCCUAAUAGAAAUGAGUUUUUUUCUUGGUUUUUGUACAUAUCCUGUUUUAUUUUACUUCCAGCAACAAGAAGCACAAGGACUACCCUUUCCACACUGAAUUCUAACAUGGAGAGUUCCCCAAGAGUGGGUGCUGGGAUUUGCCAAGUCCUAUUCAAGGCGAGCUGCUUCAUUAUGGCACUGUUUCACUAUUGUUACGUAAACGUGGCCUUCAAGUGUUACAUUUUUGGUGGGGAAAACUACCUUCCAUCCCCCAGUUCAACCCCAAAAUUCAUACAAAACAAUUAAUUCCAGUUUGAGUCUUUUUUGUUAAAAAAUAAUUAAAUGAAAGCACUCCUAUUUUGUUAUCAGUUUUUGAUCAUCGGCUUUAUGUUGGCCAUGUAGAAAGGCCUGUAUGAUUUUACUUUCAAUGCUAGCACUUCCCGUUAGUAUUAAGUCAAUUGUGACUAUUCUUGCCGAGUCAUGCGAUCAUGUGCCCUCAUUUUUUGUUUUCACUUCUCUCAGGUGCCAAAGUGUGAUUUUAAUAACCACUGGGUGUCAUUAUCAUCUGCCAAGAACAAUUAAUAAUUAAAUGGAAAUCAAAAAGUGAAGUUUGAAAAUUGCUGUUUUAAUUGUGAGCAUGCUACAAUAAAAGUAGUUUAAGUAGCGA